GUCCUUGUUAUAAGGAGGAUAUUGGAGUUAAUCUGGGACUAGUGCCUUAUUCUUAAUUUUGCCUCUUUAAUCUUCAGGCUCUUUUCUGAAAAACUACUUCAUGAUUUCAUGAGAAUGACAGCUGGUGAUUUGAUCCUAAUGUUACUGUUUAUGGUCCAAACUGUGAUUGGGGUCCCAGGGAACAUCUGUCUUCUUUUAACAUAUGCCUCCACAGCCUGCACCAGCCAGAUACCAAGACCCACACACCUGAUCCUCACCAACCUUGCUGUGGCCAACUUCUUAGUUCUUCUCUUCAAAGGGAUACCUCAAAUGAUAUUUAUGUGGGGAGUGACAAACAUCCUGGGAAAUAUUGCAUGUAAACAUGUCUAUUAUAUCCACAGAACAGCCCGGGGCCUUUCUCUUUGUGCAACUUGCCACUUGAGCAGUAUUCAGGCCAUCACUAUCAGCCCUAGAACUGGAGUGUGGCUGAAGCUCAAAGACACAGCUUUGAGGAACACUGGUUUCUCUUGCUUUCUAUGGGGGAUUUCCAAUCUUCUGAUAAACAUUUUUGUUCCUAUAAUGGUUCAGACCCUUCAGCAAAUCCACAAUUCUUCUAUGACAUGGAAUUAUGGACUCUGCUCUUCUAAAAGUCCGGACUUAUCUUCUACUGUAAUCUACACAAUUCUAAUGACUUUUCCAGAUGUGUUCAUGGGACUCAUGUCUGGGGCCAGUGUUUACAUGGUCCUCCUCCUACACAGACACCACCAGAGAGUGAGGCAUAUUCACACCCUCAGCACUUCCCACAGUUUCUCCCCUGAGGCAAAAGCCACUCAGAUCAUCCUGCUUCUGGCAACCACCUUCAUUUUGUUUUACUUCAUCAAUUCUAUCCUUACACUGUAUAGUACUUUUUAUUCCCCAUCUGUUCCCUGGCUACAACAUACCACCACCUUUCUGGUGGCUUGUCAUCCCACCCUCAGGGGCCUCAUCCUGAUUCUUCAAGAUCUUAAAGCACAAAACUUUUGUUCUUUGAUGAUGAAAGAAAAGUUCCAAACUACUAGUUCCUACUACUAG